AUGAUAGCAAUAAUAGUUUUGAUUCAGGUAUGUCUAUCCAAAAUAGUUGUUGUAGACGAUCUUGGAGUCACUGACAGACCGAACAAAGACCCAGACAUGGCCAGAAAAGUGAUAAAUGCUCUUGGAGGAACUAUAAAAAACAGCAGAGAUGGUGUGCUGCUUUCUAACACCAAGGGGAUAAAAAGAGUUGUUGGAGACAAUGAGAACAUACCUUCUAAAUAUGAUGAAGGAAACCGAGGCGAAGAUAAACUAUUUGGAAAGGGAAAGGAUAGCUUAAGUAAGAAAGACGACGAGGAAAAUCGCCUACAAUUGAACUCCUCCAAGCCUGAGUACAUGGGAAGGUCAACACCAAGCUCGAUGGAUGAAGAUACGACCCCAGAGUUGGGAAUGAGUUACCAAGAAAGUUCAUUACUCAACCCAUUGCACAUUAGAAGCCUAUUUAACCGAGGUAAUCAACAGAUGUUUAAUGGAAGUGGGUCUGGAACACAGGGUUAUCUCCCAAAAGAUAUUUUGUCGGGAUAUAGGCCUGAGCAGAGCAAAUACAUACCAUUGUCGUUUAGAGAGAGUGGGGAUUCCUUCAUGGAGGUCCCUAGAUAUACUAGAUCUCCCUUGGGAGAUGGGAUGGGGUUUGGAAUGGGCGAAAACACUAAUCAAUCAGACGAACUGGGAGCAAAGAAGUCAUUUAUUGUUCUAAAGAUGGCACAGAGCAAGCAAAAAGAAAACAUGCUGCAAAAUAGCAUUGACAAGCUUCUUCAGGACAUAGACCAGCUUACUGAGAAGAUACAGGAUACGCAGAAAAUGAAGGAUAAUAUGAUGUCGAGGAUUCAUACAAAGAAGAACCAUCUAAGAAACUUACAAACUAACAUAAAGGAAGUUGAGAUCCAAAGAGGAAGGACAUUGGCCCUUAUAAGACUAUCUAGAAAUGAGCUUUUAAAACUUUCGAAGAUGAUGGAUGACCAGAGGUCUAAGCUGGCGCUUCUAGAGGAUGAAGAGAAAAUAUUCUCGGACAGAAUCAAGAAAUAUGAUGAGGAGUAUGAUAUAGGCAACAGAGAACUCCAGCUAGACGAGACGAGGACUCAAGAAAUCAAAAAGAAUAUAGAAGAGUUAGAGAGGAUGUAUAAUAUUCUGAAAAUCAGGAACAAUGAAUUAUUGAAUGAAAGGAAUAAGGAGAGCGCUCUCCGAAAUAGAUUAGAGUUGGAGACAGAGAGACUUGACAGAAACACCAUAGACUUUAUUUAG